UUAGAAUAUGUUAAAUAAUUCCACCGCAUCAAAUUUCUCACUUGUGAAUUAAAAGUUUUAUGGACUCCAAUCACCACAUUCAAUGUUGCUCGAAAUAUCUGUGUGACUGGUAGAUAUUGAUAAUGAUUACAUUGUGGCGGAAGUGGGGUCAAAUUGUGCUGGGAGGAGGUUUGAGAAGUUCCUAUUCAAUUCGAACUCUUUCGAAUUUGUUAGAAGAAGAGGAUGAAAGAUUGUCAACAUUUAUACCCGAAUCAGAACCAUUAUCAGAAGAAUGUGCAGACAAACUUCAACAAUUCAUCAAUAAAAGUUCAAGAAUAUUUGUCCUCACUGGUGCUGGUAUAUCAACUGAAUCUGGCAUCCCUGACUAUAGAUCGAAGGGAGUUGGACUUUAUGACAGGGUGAACCACCGACCUAUGCAACAUGCAGAAUUUAUUUCCAAUAAAUCGGGACGUCAGAAAUACUGGGCCCGAAAUUAUAUGGGGUGGCAGAAAUUUCGAGAACAUCGCCCAAAUGUAAACCACUUUUUAUUGGCUGACUGGGAGAAGCAGGAGAAAGUAUAUUGGACCGUGACACAAAAUGUUGAUGCACUUCACACCGCAGCUGGGUCGCAGAACCUGACUGAGUUGCAUGGAUGUUUAAAUAGAGUCCUAUGUUUGGACUGCGGAGAGGUUUCAUCCCGAUACGAACUGCAGACACAGCUGGAUGAACUUAACAAGCACUGGAGCGUAAAAUCAUUCGGUAUGGGUCCUGAUGCGGAUAUGUUCCUACAAGAUGAGGAUGUACGAACAUUCAACAUUGCGGACUGCCGUUCAUGUGGGGGGAGAUUGAAGCCUGACGUUGUCUUCUUUGGUGAUUCAGUCGGAAGGAUCAAAGUGGAAAGGUCAUUCAGCAUUCUUUCAUCAUGUGACUCCAUGUUGGUUCUUGGAUCGUCCCUGUUUGUCUGGUCUGGUUAUCGAUUUAUUGUACGAGCUCUAGAACUUGGAAUCCCAACCGCCUGUGUGAACAUUGGACCAACCCGUGCAGAUGAUAAACUAGAUUUGAAGAUUAAUGCAAAAUGUAGUGAUAUUUUAAGGAGAAUGGCUGUAUCUUGAUGAAAUUUUCAUUGAAUUCUUUAUUUACGAAUUGUUUUCUGGGACUGGAGAGUUAUGGAAUAUCUAUAUGACUGUUUUUCACUGUGCAUGAUAAUGUUAUUUAAUAAAAAUAGUAGUAUUUUA